AUGCACGCUGCGCAGAUCUUUUCUCUCGUCUUUGUCGUUCUUCCCAUUCUCAGCGACUUCCAAACCGCUCCUUCCACGGCUCUCGCUGCUCCCAUAGGUAAGAUCCCUCCUUUCAUUACCGGUUUACGGGGCCGCUCUAACCUGUCGGCAGAGAUUAUCGAAGUCAUACAUCACCACCACCAUCAUCACGAUGAUGACCAGGGAAGCAAGGACAUUACGCAGUUCCUAGACGAGGAGGUGUAUGCUCAGGGCCGGCCUCACCGUCUCACACAGUUCUUGGACGAAGAGGCAUAUGUCGCGCCACCCCAUGGCCACGGUCAUGGCAAAGACAUAACUGAGUUUACGGACGAGGAAGUGUAUGCCGAAAGCGACCACGGUCAUAAGAGCAAUCUUAUUACUGAGUUCGUGGAUGAAGAGGCGUAUGUCAUGCCACCCCAUGGCCACGGUCAUGGCAAAGACAUAACCGAGUUUACGAAUGAGGAAGUGUAUGUCGAAAGCCACCACGGUCAUAAGAGCAAUCUUAUUACUGAGUUCUUGGACGAAGAGGCGUAUGUCGCGCCACCCCAUGGCCAUGGACAUGGCAAAGACAUAACCGAGUUUACGAAUGAGGAAGUGUAUGUCGAAAGCCACCACGGUCAUAAGAGCAAUCUUAUUACUGAGUUCUUGGACGAAGAGGCGUAUGUCGUGCCACCCCAUGGCCACGGUCAUGGCAAAGACAUAACUGAAUUUACGAACGAGGAGGUCUAUAUCGAGAGCCACCGCCAUCACGAUGCUGGGGAUAGCCAUGUAGGCCACCGUGUCACCGAAUUCCAGGAUGAGGAUGCGUACCUGGAACCAUUACUUCGUGAAUACAAAAACGUCGAUCAAACGCGGUGGCCCAAGGAGAUACGCGGAUUUGUGAUGGGGAAGAACAACGUCAUGGUUUGCGCCAUUGAUUAA